GGUCAAGGGAGGGGAGGGAGCAAGGCUGAGCUGAUCCCACGUGUGACGAUUGCAUUCCCGGCUCAGUAAUAUUCUCUUAGCGGGGCUUCGCCUAGCUUUUGCUGUGUCUGUGUGUGUUUGUUAGUUAUUCAGCUAUAGUUGGGUUAGCUAUGGAGGGAGACGGGAGCCAAGCCACAUCUGGAAGCCCAAAUGAUUCGCAACAUGACCCAGGUAAAAUGUUUAUCGGUGGCCUCAGCUGGCAAACCUCACCAGACAGCCUUAGAGAUUAUUUUAGUAAAUUCGGGGAAAUCAGAGAAUGUAUGGUGAUGAGAGAUCCAACCACAAAGCGCUCCAGGGGAUUUGGGUUCGUUACGUUUGCAGAUGCUGCCAGUGUAGAUAAAGUCUUAGCGCAACCACAUCACGAAUUAGACUCCAAGACGAUUGAUCCUAAAGUUGCCUUCCCCAGACGCGCUCAACCCAAGGUAAGUGGGAAACAAUGUCAGUUUUUAAAGAUGCUUUUGUAGACGAGACACCUCUCUGUUAGUUUCUUUUUCUCGAGCAUGGCUUUGCAUUUCACAUGCAGGAAGUGCUCUGUGAGUAACAGGUGUUGGUGUCAAGAGUAGGAGGAAGCUUUGGUUUGAUUCUUGGUAGUUGGCAGAAGAGCUCGGCGCGUAAUGAAGAGCUGAAGUUAAUGUUUACAGGAAAAGGAUGGAUUUUCACCGCUGUGGUUCCUCUUCUCUUUCUGGCAUAAUGGAGGUUUAAUAAAUCUUAGGUGCUUCCUCCUUACACAGUGAUUUGUUCACUCGAAGUGCCAAAGCGCUGCCUUUACUGGAAACGAGGAGCGGUGGAUUUUCUGGUCUCUGCCUUGAAACUGAUUUUUUGAAGUUUUGGUUUCUUAAGCAGUAAAAGCGCAUAUUUUUGGCUUUCUGUCUGUCGCGCGUGCCCCGUUUGUAUCCGCCUACACCUGAAGUUCGGUUGCGCCGCUGCCUCGCGGCUGAGCAUGCAGCCGAAUGGUUUUGGCCGGGGGUUUUUGCGGUCGAUGCCGCGCAUGUUCUCUGGCUGGUCAUCCGACUGUGAAAUGAUGAGAGGGCGCAUCGGGCUGGUGUGGACCCUCUUGCGUCCGUGAGAUUUUUUUUUCGGCAUAAUGGAUUUUUUUGUCCUUCCUAAUGGCACAGAGAGCGGCAUUGUUUCUGAGCCGGUUCAGGUUUCAGUUGGGGGGGGAAUUGGCGGCGAAACCUCACAAAGCCAGAGCACAUGGUGUCUUAAGGGUAUCGGCAUAUGGUUGAGAAACUAUCCGAGAUGUAGAACAGCUUUCUUCCCCCCCCCCCCCCCCACCUGUUCUUAGCUUUAACCUCUUUUCUUCCCCCUACUUUCCCCUGGAAAAUAAACCUUUUCACAUUAUUGGAAAAACACCCACCGUUUGUUCUUAAAAAUAGAAAUGUUUCCUUUUUUUGGGAUUCUAGUUUUUCAGCUUCCUAAAUCCCAAACGUUAAUUUUAACGUUAAAAAAACAAGGUUGUUUUCUUGAAUGGAAGUAAACUAAGGACAUAAAUCGCACGGAGCAGCUUUCUUUAAAAAAAGCGGCUUUUUUGAAGUUUGCACCUCCGUUGCGUCACAUCCCGAAAAAAAAAAGAAGAAGAAGAAAAAAAAAA